AAGAGUCACUUAUUCAAUUUCGUAUUUAAUACCGAGCUGCCACUUAUUAGCGCUGCCGACCAUAGGGCUGAUAAGGCACCUCCUCGUCCUCCUCCUCCUCCUCCUCCUCCACGGUGCACGGCCACGCGUCUCAGCGCGGCCAGGACGCGCGCUCACGUGGGCGCGUCCGCCAGCCCCUCGUUCGCCACAGUGGAUCAGUGCCGGCGUGGAAGAUGCUGUGAGGUGAAUGGACAACACUCACAUUCAAGGAAUGCAAUCAUCUCCUCUCGAUGUCCCCUUGAAGCCGGGUGCCGAUGAGCAACAGAGGUGAUGUAAUGGCAGAGCUCGCGUGGAGGACGGAUCAGCGCAGUGUGUCCACUGCUGUCUAAAAAUCACUGCAGGCCACGCGGUAGACACUUAGCAGAAUGGAUUUUCCAAACGGUACUGAAGGGGUAUAUGCUACUAGCAGCGGUGAUUAUGAUGCGCUGGAGACCACCGGACGGCCGCCCAAGAAGAUCGUCCUUUCCGUCACGCUCUCCGUGCUGGCCAUUCUGACCACGUUUCUCAACUGCUUGGUGAUCACAGCUAUCGCCGUCACCCGCAAGUUGCAUCACCCUGCCAACUACCUCAUCUGCUCGCUGGCGGUGACCGACCUGCUGGUGGCUAUCUUGGUCAUGCCCUUUAGUAUCAUAUACAUUCAGAAAGAGAGCUGGGUCAUGGGUAAGGUGGUGUGCACCAUCUGGCUGAGUGUGGACAUCACGUGCUGCACGUGCUCCAUCCUCCACCUGGCCGCCAUCGCCAUUGACCGCUACAGGGCCAUCACAGACGCCGUGGAGUACUCGCGAAAACGUACGGGGGCCCGGGCGGGAGCCAUGGUGGCCGUCGUGUGGCUGUUGUCCAUCCUCAUCUCGCUUCCUCCUCUCCUGUGGCGGUACUACACAGGGGAUGCCGAUCAGGAAGACCAGUGCAUCAUCCUCCACCACCACAUCGCCUUCACCCUGUACUCCACUCUCGGGGCAUUUUACAUCCCCCUUUUGCUCAUCCUCAUCCUCUACUUUAAAAUCUACCGGGCGGCUCAGACCCUGUACAUGCGUCGGGAGGCCAGCAGGGCGAGCCGUCACUCGUGCAUGACCAACGGGAGCAUGAUCCCUUCCACUUACCCCGCCGGAGACGCCGGAGAUGGGGGACCUCGGAGUCCGGACCCCGUCAGCCCACAAGAUAAGUCGUUCUCCGACCCCUCCACGGAGGAGGCGCCCCGCGAACGAAUGCGCAUUUCGGUGAAAAAGUUCCACUGCAAGGCCCGCCGGCAUGACUCACGCAGUGAGUCACGGAGGAGCCAGCUCUCCCAAGGACCACGCAUCUCGGGCUCGCGGGAGCGCAAGGCUGCAUCCACGCUGGGCUUGAUCAUCGGUGCGUUUGUCAUUUGCUGGUUGCCCUUUUUUGUCAAGGAGGUGAUCGUCAACACGUGCAGCUCUUGCAGCACGUCAAUGGAGAUGGCUGACUUUCUGACGUGGCUGGGAUACAUCAACUCACUCAUCAACCCCCUCAUCUACACCAUUUUUAACGAGGACUUCAAAAAGGCUUUCCAGAGACUGGUUCGGUGCAGUAGUUACCUCUGAUGGUUAAUGGACUGCAACUAGUAACCAGAGUGGUACAAAUAAGUGGAGUCGAAAAAGAAAGGCUGAAAUUCACUUGGCCUAGAGGGGGAUGAAGUGGAAAAUGGAGUGACUCUCAUUUUCAGCCACACUCCACGGGGCACUUCAGCAGCUUCAAAGCAUCAGAAAAGAGAUUUGCAUCCAAAAAAACUUGCCCAGUACACAGUCCCUGUUAUAAAUAGAAUAGCCUCUCAUUGGUGUUAAUUGGAGUGAGCGGGAGGACAUUGACAUCCUGGUUUUUUUUUUUUUUUUUUUUUCCCCCCUCUCUUCGAAAAGGGGGCCAUAGCUGACCUUUUCCACGUCAACUUUUUGAGCACUGGUGAUCCAUCUUAAAGGUCUUAAAACAGCUGCCUCUUCCAGUUAAUGGCUUCACUUCUUUCAUGCCCAAGUUCCUGGCUGGAUCACAGAAUGUGUAAAAAAUAAUAAUUCUACAGCCAAAGGGCUUUCUAUUCAUGAAUACUGCAUUGUGAUUGGUUGCAGGAGAAGUUGUAUAAUAAUGUCAUUGGGUUAUGCAUCAAACAAUGGGAAGCUGGUCAUUUAUGAUGAAUUGGAUGAUGUAUUGUAGAAAGAUUGUAUUAUUAUUGCAUACACAAUAAAAAUCAAUUGCACGUGGAGGCCAAAAACAUUUUUGGAUUAUUUUUGUACAAACUGUACUGUAUGUUUCUGUCAUAAAAUCCUGGAGGUAUUUAUGCCCCCCCCCCCAGUUUGUUUGUUUGUUUGUUUUUACCUUUUACUGUUGAGCACCUUUACUUACGUCACAGUUCAGUCGACACUCGUCCAGCAUUAACUUAAUUAAUAAAUGUGAAAAUCACUGGUGGAGAAAUCCUCGUUAUGCCUACUCAAGUAUUUGGAAUAGAGUUACUAUUUCUUUACUGCCUCCAAGAGGGCAGAUAAUACGCUGAUGGAAAUAUUGGAGAUGAGUCAAGUGUGAGGGUGUACUACUGUGUGCAAAAGAUCUUGUAGGCAAAGACAAAGUGUCUCAUCUUUAUGAGUGGUCUGUCGUUGGAUAAAGUUCAUUUGCUGUAUGUCACCUUCUCAUCAAUCACCAAUAAACAUUCCUCACAUUAA